UGGCGAUGGAAGAUCAAACAGCUCUGGUGGAGCCACUGCAUAAGAUCUCCCGCAUCCGGAGUUUUUACUCUGGCCGCCUGUUUGUCUGGGUUUUCAAGCUUUAGCAAGGCGAGUAAAAUUUGUCUUAUACGUCAGAUUUCUCUCCCUUGUUCCUACCCUGGUGAUGCAACUACUUUGGAAGUUCAGCGUGACGAAAGUUUGAGAACGUUAGAUUUCAAAAAUUAACCGUUAGAUUUGAAUUUUAACGGACGUUCGAUAGCCGUAACGUUGGAAAGGUUCGCCAUGACAGCGGUGCUGAUGCUCGUGAUGUUGUCCGGCCUACCGAUGUCCUGGGCCGACACACCGGCCAACUGUUCCUGGGCUCAAGUCGCCGGACUCUGGGAGUUUCACGUCGGAGCGGGUGGAAACGACAACCGGUUGAAGUGCAGUGGCUUCUCGCCUGUGGAGAUGUUUCAGUUGAACCUUCAGUUCCCGGAUGUUGUGUGGGACCAGGACGGCAACAAGGGCUUCUGGACCAUGAUCUACAACCAGGGCUUCGAGGUGGUCAUCAACCAGAGGAAAUACUUCGCCUUCUCAACUUUCAUACAAGAUGGCAGCGUCGUCACGAGCUACUGCAACACGACGUUCGCAGGAUGGUCACAUGACCUCCUGGGACGAGACUGGGCCUGUUACUAUGGCAUCCGACUGAAACCUGGUGUCCCGGAUGAAGCACCAGUCACAACUCGCUUGCUACAAAAGAUCGAGGAAAAGAGGACUCAAAUGAAUGAUACGAACUUCGUAAAAGCAAUAAAUAGUGCACAAAGGUCAUGGAAGGCGGUGACCUACCCAGAACACAUUGGGAUGCGGCUAUCCAACAUGGCGUCCAUGUCAGGUGGCCAUGUCUCCGCGCUGAGCUACCCCUUACCAGUAGAGAUGGACGAGAAAACUAGAAUAGCUAUAAGUCACUUGCCAUCGGAGUUCGAUUGGCGCAACGUCAACGGUCAGAAUUUUGUCCCUGACGUCAGGGAGCAAGGCGACAGUUGUGGCAGCUGCUACGCACAGGUCACGGCCGCCGUGUUGGAAUCACGUCUUCGAAUCAUGACCAACAAUACUCUCAAGACCAGCAUGUCGCCCCAGGAUGUGGUGAGCUGUAGCGAGUACUCGCAGGGCUGCCUUGGGGGUUUUCCGUAUCUGACUGCCAAGUACGCCCAAGAUUUUGGCAUGGUCGAAGAACGGUGUGACCCCUACCACGGAUACCCAACUCCCUGCAAACAGUAUCCUUCUGACUGUAGGAGAUACUACGCCGAAGAUUACCACUAUAUCGGAGGGUAUUACGGCGCUUGUAACGAAGGUCUGAUGAUGUUGGAGCUGGUCAAUAAAGGACCAAUCACAGCCGCCCUUCAGGUGUAUGAUGACUUCCGGUAUUUCAAGUCAGGGAUAUACCACCACACAGGUCUCCAGAAUGGCUGGAAUCCUUGGCAGUUCACCGAUCACGUGACCACGUUCAUAGGAUAUGGCGCUGACGCAACUUCCGGUGAGAAGUACUGGAUCGGACAGAACACGUGGGGUACGGACUGGGGCGAGCUGGGAUACUUCAAAAUCCGCCGGGGAACCAACGAGGUCAACAUCGAGUCCAUUGGGGUGGCUAUGACACCUAUAGUGCCGAACCCAUAGCACUCUUGAUUAUGUUUCCCUUCAUAAAAAGAAAACAUAUUGUUUUACCCCUUUUCUUCCUCUUCUUAUUUCGUCAAAAUAAGGUCAAAGACCUGGACCAGGUGGCUGUCACCCUAGUUACUGGUCUAGCAGCAGACACCCUGUGGCGUUCAGUUACAUUAUGUAGCAAGUGGUAGGGCAGAGUUCGAGGGGCAGAUAGUCACCAUGGAUAUGCAUGUGCUGGAGUAAGGAUAAACUGAGAAGUAGUAGUUUGCUAGGCUAGACCAUGUUAGGUUGAAAUUAUUUGAUUGCAAAUGUUACAACCUUUGCAAAUUUGUAGUUGACACUUGUUUUAAUGUUAUCUCUUCUCAUCUAUAAAAGUUUAAUUAGAUGUCACGCUAUUGAAGUAGCUGUUGGGACGAAUGUUUUACAAAUACUUAGAUAUCUGAGUAAGCUUUCAAAAUCUGAUUAACUUCAAACUAAGUUUGUUCUGCAGAUAUUAUGUCUGAAAUACGAAUCUACUAGUCGACAAUGGCAUUGGAUGUCUAUGUUUUAUUCGAUACGAAAUAGAGCCUAAUUCGAUUAACAGAUUUUCUCACCAACUAUUCCAUGCCUAGAUACAAGGACCGCCUGAUGUCAUUGAAUUGUGAGUUUGUUUGAGUCAAGGUCAACCAUACGUGAGUAUAUCAUAAAUCAAUGAACAUUUAGCCUUCAAAAAGUGAUUAGUCAAUGAUUGAAAUUCAAAACCAAAUACGUAAUAAUAAACGGGAUAUAAGAAAACA